AUGGUAUUCAGAGCGGGGGCUUCAGUCUCAGGUAGCGCGCUGCUCCCACUCCCUGGAGACUGUGGCGCCUCUCCCCCUCCCUCCUCCUUCGCAACUCCAGGGGCUCCUACGUGCAGCAAGAAAAUGCACCACACCAACCGCAGCACCGAGAAUGCGCCGGAGGAGAAACCCCUCAAACAUCCUCAGAAAUGGGCAGUCACUCUCUUAGCAGCUCGUGCGUCUUUAGGGAAUUCUUUGCUGCCUCUUGCUGUUCGUCUCCCCACAUCUGCUAUUGACGUUAAUGAAUGGCUAGCCUGCCAAGUGUAUGACAUAUUCAAUGAAGCAACGGUGGUUUGGGGAUUCACCAAGGAGGUGUGCAACUGCCGCCGUCUUACUGCUGGCGACGACCCUGAAGACAGCAGCAGCAAAUACAGCCGAACAGCAUUCGCACUUGGAAAAAUUCUCUUGUGCAUAUGUGAGUUUCCUCGGAAUUUUCCUUCCUUUGUUUCGCAUAUUUUAGUUCAAUUGUUGCAGAUGUAUUGCCAUAUAUACAGGCAGCAUUUUGAUUGGUUGUUAGAGACGGACACAGUGGCGCAUGUAAAUUCUUGUUUUAAGCACGCCCUCUACUUCGGCAUGGAGUUCGGUCUUGUUAAGUUAGAGGAUGUCGCCCCUAUUAAGGGAUUGGCACUACAUUUCUUAGAACAGGCGCAGAGGGAAAUCGCAGAGGCAGAAGCAGCAGAUGACCCCAACCAGCAGCAGCAACAACAACAGCAACAGCAGCAACUGCAGCAACAGCAGCAGCAAAAGAAGCAGCAGCAGCAGCAGCAAAGGGAGGCGGUAUUAAUGAGGCAGAAAGGGCAGCAACAACAACAGGAGCAACAGAUACGUCGCCCUUUUUAA